AUUGCUCAGAUGCUCACUGUUGUGGAUUUGUGGCAAAUUCUUAUGUAGUCGUCUGCUACAAUUUAAAUUUAUAUUCGGUUCAUAAUUAGUUACAUUAGAUUUGAUGUGUUCUGUAAGCAUUGAACUAUGAAGUUUUUAAACUAUUAUUUCUUGUUAUUAUCUUUCACUUCACUUUUAGAUUUUGUAGUUUCCCGAACACCCGAAACUAGGUUCUAUAAAAUUUUGGAAGUGGAUCCUGAUGCCUCACAAGAGGACAUAAAGAAGGCUUACCGUCGGCUGGCGAGGAAGCUGCACCCGGACAAGAACCGAGACAACCCGGAGGCGACGGCGGAGUUUGCCGAACUGCACAAGGCCUACGAAGUGCUCAACGAUCCGGAGAAGCGGAAGCGCUACAACUCGUGCGGCGAGGCGUGCGUCAAGGACGACAAGGCGGGGGGCGGCGGCGGUGAUCCGCUCUCCAGCUUCUUCGGAUUUCACUUUGGCGAUGAGGACGGCGGACAACGGGAGACGCCUCGUGGCGGCACCAUCACAAUGGACGUCUACGUCACUCUCGAAGAGUUGUACAAUGGCAACUUUAUUGAAAUAACUAGAAAUAAAUUGAUAAUGAAGCCGACAUCUGGGACGAGAAAAUGCAACUGCAGACAAGAGAUGACAACCAGACAGCUCGGGCCCGGCCGAUUCCAAAUGAUUCAGCAGACCGUCUGCGAUGAAUGUCCCAAUGUUAUGCGGCAAGAAGAGGAACGAACUCUUGAGUUGGAGGUAGAACAGGGCAUGGCCGACGGACACAAGAUCAAGUUCAACGGAGAGGGCGAAUCGCACAUAGACGGCGACCCUGGUGACUUGAUCAUGCAAUUAAAGACUCUCCCACACCCGGUGUUCGAGCGAAGAGGCGACGAUCUCUACACGAACGUCACCAUAUCGUUGCAAGAUGCCUUAACUGGUUUCAGUUUAGAAAUUGAACAUUUAGAUGGUAAAAAAGUGAAAGUAUCGAGGGACAAAGUGACGUGGCCGGGAGCUCGCAUUCGGAAAAAAAACGAAGGCAUGCCUGUCUACAAUAGCAAUAAGCAUGGAACUCUGUACAUCACAUUCGAUGUGGAAUUCCCAAAAGCUGAUCUCUCAGAAGAAGACAAGGAAGGUAUCAAGAGGAUAUUAAAACAACAGCCAGUCAAUAAUGUAUAUAAUGGACUCCGUGGUUUCUAGUUGAAUUGAUUGAAUGUGUGGAUGAAUUAAAUGAACUUGAUUCGUGUUGAUGAGUGGUGCACUAUGUUGGUGUGAUUGUCAGGUUUGAUUUCUAUUGCCAUCAUAUUAUUUAUUGCUCAUUUGUUUUCAAAUUUUUGUAAUGACGUCACAAAGUGAUGAGCUGUUAGGGAAUUGUAGAGGAUAUUUACUGUAUGUUAGCCUAUUUACAGUACAUACUGUAUAAUGCGCAUUUCUUGUUUUCUACUCAUAUUGAACAUGACUUGUAAUACUCGACCUCGAUUUUCUAUUCUUCAAUUGUUUAAAUAAAUAACAAAUAAUUGAUUCAUACUUAGGCUAGGCGCACACCAGUUAGUCAAGACAAGACAAGACACGUUUUGUCACAAUACUUCACAUAGUUGCUUAUGAAGACAUGUCUAAUUGCAAUGACUAAUCAGUGUAAGUUGCGUCAUAAGCAACAAUGUGAAGUAUUGUGACUAAACGUGUCUGAUCAUGUCUUGUCUUGUCUUGACUAAGUGAUGUGCGCCUAGCCUUAGAAGUGUUUUAGCAUAGAGAAAAGAUAGCAUAAGGAGAUAUCCCAUGAUAUAGGGCUUAUCUUCCAAAUUUCACUGUUAACUCAAGCCGAUAGUCCUAUUAGUUCUUUUUCGUGAAUCUUUGUGACGCUGGAAGUCUCUCAUACUGUUUCGUUCUUACACUCUCUAUGCUAUCUUUUCUCUAUGGGUUUUAGGCCCAUAUGCAGAAACUCGGUUUAAACGGAGAAACGUCAGCUCUUCGUUUAAACCCGUUAUGAAACACAUUAUGAUAAAUGCAACUAUAUCUACAAGUAAACGUGGUUUAGCGUUAAACGUGGUGUUAUCAAAUUGCCCUAAAUUAGUUAUUCCCAUGAAAGUCAUAAAACUGAAUCCAGGUGAUCAAGUUGAUUCGAAAUAAAAUUAAAUUAAACGAGUAUAUCCAACUGGUAUUAAUAUUCAAUUAUAUACUCAUUAUUGCUUCUAUUUCUUAUUUCUCAUCGUAAUCCAUCAGUAGUUGAUAUUCUCAAUUAUAAUUUUCAUUAAAUUAUCUUUUGUCCUGGAUCAGUAAUUUUUUUUAAGGAUAUAAUAUUUUGAGAUAUUCUAUAACUGGAAUUGCAACCUCUUCUACUUGAAUAGAUUUAUUUAAGGCUCAAAUAUAUAUUAGCUAUAGUGUAAUAUUGUUUGAAAUAGUACAAGAAAUCCUACGGAAGAUAAGCUAGUUUCAGAACUCCUUUUCAAAAACGAAGAUUCUUUAACCUUUUGAAUUGAUUCACCCUUCAAUCGAUGUUAAAUUCUUUCAUUGUUCAUAUUCAUUGUAGUUGAAUUAUUCGUAAAUUAGCUUGAUUUAUAUAACAAUAAUAAUACCUUACAAGUCCACAACUCCUUACAGUUAAUAUGCAAUAUUAUACAGGAUAAAAAUACAUCAAGUUUUGAAAAUGUUUAUGAAUUAGCUGGAGAUGUACUCUAAAACCAAAUUGAACUUAUAUUAAAGAAUAAUAACUUGAUAAAUAUUAAGUUUAUUAAUAUUUCUUUAUGCUUCUUUAUAAAACAUUAAAUGGAAUUUAAUUUUAUAAAUUCAAAACAAAUAUUAUCAAGAAUCUAGAUUCGCAGUACUUUUCCAUUUUAUUCUGAAGGCAAUAAUCUCAUGUGGUAUUGAUGGCAGUUUGAGAAGCACUCUGUACAGUAGCGUAUGGUAAUUUAGUAUUGUUCUUAUUGUUUAUUCAAUUAGAGGUUUGAUUCAAAUGUAUUUAUUUAUGCUUGAUGAAGUUCUAUUCAAAUUAGGUUGGAAUUUCAUCGAAACUACUAUUCAGUUUUCUAUUUUUCAUUUCCUCUUAUCUUAAUUUAGGUGUGAUAUUAAUUUUAAAUUAUUAUUUAGAUUGCAAGUAUAUAAGUUGUUGAUUAAGUAGACUUCUCUAUUCAUUGGUCUUGAAAUUCGCCUUUUCACUUUCAGAGAACUUUUAUUUUGCUUAAAACUGAAUCAAUCUGUUAUAUUCAUCUUCUUAUCAAAAUCAAGUCAUUAGAUAUCAUUGACGAUCAUCGUUGAUAUAUAAAAUAUCGUUGACGAUUGUAUUGAAAUGUAAUUGCAAAGAAGUUUUACUUUGAACCAUUUCAAUUAUCCUAGGACUCCUAGGUAUUUGUCCAGAUAAGUCAGUAUAAUUCUAAUAGUUUUCUGAUCAUUUUCAAAAUCACGAAUGUAAGAUGUACGUUUAAUAAAUAGAUCAUUGUCAAAAUCACGAAUGUAAGAUGUACGUUUAAUAAAUAGACAUUUUCUACCA